AUGUUAGAAAAAAAAGGAAAAUCAAUUAAGAAAAAAAAAAUUUUUAAUAAGAAUUAUAUUCACUUAAAAAAAAAUAAGAAAAAAGCUAAGGGAAAAAAAUGUUCUGAAAAUGUCGACGAAAGGAGUCAAUUACAAAAAGAAAUUGAUGAAAAAUUAGAAAAAUUAGUAGAGGAAAAUAAAAGGAAACAAUAUAAUGAACAAUGGAAGAAUAAAUUUACAAAAAAUAAUGAUUAUAAUGAAAAAAAAGAUAAAAAUGAAUGUAAUGAAGAAAAAAAAGAAAAAAAAUAUAAAAAUAAUCUAACCAUAAUUGAUAAAAAUGUACUAACUUCUCAAGAGUUUAAAACUCUACCAAUAAGUAAAAGGACAUUAAAAGCAUUGAAUGAAAACAAUUUCAUUUAUAUGACUAAUAUACAAGAAGUAUCUAUUCCAAUUGUUUUAUUAAAUAAACAUAUUUAUGCUCAGGCUCAAACAGGAACUGGGAAAACUUUAUGCUUUUGUAUACCUUUAGUUGAAAAAAUGUAUAGAAACAGCAUUGAUUGCUAUAAUAAAAUUUUAGGUGGUUUAAUAAUAACUCCUACAAGAGAAUUAGUAUUUCAAAUUUUUGAAGUUUUAAAUAUGUUAAAUAAAUAUCAUAAACUAAAUAUUUGCUGUGUUAUAGGUGGAAAAAAUGAAGAAAAAGAAAAAUCAGUUUUUAGUUACGCAAAUAUUAUUGUAUGUACUACUGGAAGAUUAUUAUAUCAUCUUGAAAAUAAUUAUUUUUGCAAUUUAGAUUAUUUAAGUGUUUUUAUAAUUGACGAAAUAGACAAAUUAAUAGAUAAAAGUUUUUAUGAUAAUUUGAAAAAUAUAUUGUUAUAUAAACCAAAAGAAAACUGUCAAAUAUGCCUAUUUUCAGCAACCAUAUGCAAAUUUUUGAAUGUCAUAUUACAAACAUUUAAUAUAAAAGAUUACGAAUAUGUCAGUAUUAACGAUAAUGAUAAAUAUAUAGAAAAUAAUAAUGUUAAACAAAUUUAUAUUGAAUGCAACAUAUAUGAUAAAAUCAACUACUUAUAUACAUUUUUAUUUUCAAAAAAAAAUAAAAAAAUUAUUGUUUUCUUUUCUACUUGUAAACAAGUACGAUUUAUGUUUGAGGUUUUCAAAAAAAUUAAAGUAGGUGUUAUGAAAUUUUUACAGUUACAUGGAAAAUUAAAACAAACUUCUAGAUUAAACACAUAUCAUUUUUUUUCAAAAAAAAAAAACUUUGUAUGUUUAUUUACAACUGAUAUUGCAUGUAGAGGAUUAGACUUUGCUUCAGUAGACUGGGUUAUUCAUUUUGAUUUUCCUGAAAAUGUUGAAACUUUUAUUCAUAGAUCAGGAAGAACAGGUAGAUUUACUAACAUUGGUAAUAGUCUUAUUUUUUUAACAAGCGAAAUUGAUAAUAAAAAAAUAUUUUUAAAUGUGUUAAAAGAAAACAAUAUAGAAAUUAAAGAAAAGUUUAUCAAAAAACAAAAGUUAUUUGAUAUUAACAACAAAAUACAUUCCCUAAAUGCCGCUUUUGUUGAAAUAAAAUAUCUAGCUAAAAAGGCAUUAAUCAUAUAUUUAAGACAUUUAUACAUUGUUAUGAAAUUUAAGGAUAUAAAGAAAAUUGAUUUAAACAAAUUGGCAUAUUCUUAUGGGUUAAUUGAGUUCUCUAAUUCAAUGCUCGAAGAAUUAAACUUAAUUGAACAAAAGAAAAUAGAAGUAAAAAAAAAAAAAUCAAGAUUAGAAAAAUUUUUAGAAAUAUUAAAAAAUAAAAAACAAAAAAAAAAUAAUGAAUAUAAAGAAGAAUUAAAAGACGAUACGAAUAAAUGUGACCUAAAUAAUAAUAUUGAUAAUAAUAAUGAAUUUAAAAUGGAAAAUAAACAAAAUUUAGAUACAUUUAAAGGAGACGUUUUUAAAAUAAAUAAAGAUUUGCCAAAUACGAAUGAGAAAGAAUCAGAUGAUAUAUUUAUUCAAAAAAAAGUUGAAAUUCAAGAUAACAUUCCGAUAAUGUUGCCAACUAAAAAAAGAAGAAAAAGGGUUAGAGUAGCCAAAACAUUAAGUAAUAGUGUUUUGUAUGAUGAUAAUGGUAAUGAAAUAUUUGAUGAUAAUAUUAAAUUUAGAAUUUUAGUGAAUGAACUAAAUGAAGAAGAAAAACAUGAAGAAAAAAACAGAGAUGUAGAAGAUAAUAUUGUUAGUGGAAAAGCAUAUAUUGAAUCUCUAAAAGAAAAAGUUAAAAAAUAUAACCAAAAGUUGAAAAUAAAAAAACUAAGAAAGAAAGAAAACCUUAAACUAAACAAUAAAGAUGUAUCUAGUUGCGAUGAAUAUUCUGAUCAAAAAGUUAAUAUUUGUAGUGAUCAAAAUGAACAAUCUUGUGAUUCAAGUAGCGAUAGCCAAUAUCACAAGUACGAAGAAAAUGUAAAUGACCAUUUUAUUAAAAAUAAUGAAAAUAAAAAACGUACGGAAGACUUAGAUAAAAUAAAUAGGAAUCAAAAAGACAAUCUAAAUGAAGAUGUAUCAGAGCUAGAGAAUAGAGUGAUGAUGUUUUUAUAA